UUGCCUUAUCUUGCCUUGCCUCUGCCAGUUUUGCCGCCAAUUUAUCGUCUUUCUUUGCUUUGUUUCGUUCGGUUUAGUUCAUUUACUAAGACUACUCGUUAUCGGUAUUUGGUUUCUGCUUUGCUGUUCAAUUUAAUUUAAUUUAAUUACUUGAUUUACUCCGUAUAUUAAGUUCAUAUCUUCAACUUGCCUUAUAGUUGCAAGUGAAUCUGUGGUAGUUUUGGAGAUUUAUCAGAAUACUAAAAAUGCCUGCUGAGACACAGCCUAUCUUAAAAUUCACACGCCUAAGUGAACAUGCUUUUGCUCCUGUACAUGGUUCCGAGAAGGCGGCUGGUUUCGAUCUGAAGAGUGCUUAUGAUUACACGGUUCCCGCUCGUGGUAAAGAAGUGGUGAAGACCGAUUUGCAAAUAGAGUUGCCCUCGGGGUGCUAUGGCAGAGUGGCUCCUCGCUCUGGCUUGGCAGUUAAAAACUUCAUUGACGUUGGAGCUGGUGUGAUAGAUGAAGAUUAUAGAGGAAAUGUUGGAGUAGUGCUCUUUAAUCACUCCGACCAAGAUUUUAAGGUGGCUAAAGGUGAUCGAAUUGCACAGUUGAUUUGUGAAAAAAUUUACUAUCCAGAUCUUGUUGAAGUUGGGAGCUUGUCAGAGACAAAGCGAGCUGAUGGAGGAUUUGGAUCUACAGGAACUCAAUAAAAUUGUUAAUGGAAACUUAUUUUUGUGAUACUUCUUUUUAAUGUUUAAAAUAGUUCAUUAAGGCAUUACAUUACAUUUAAUUCA